GCUCCUCCUCCAACGGCCACGGCCCACGCCCAAACCUCCUCCACACCGUCCAAAACCCCACCUCCGCAGCCAUGUUUGGCCGCCUCUUCCUCCACCACGCUCGCCGGCGCCUCCACUCCUCUGGCACCGCCUCCUCCGUUCCCCUCUCCACCCCAACCUUCGCCAUUUUUGGCGCCAACACCGGCGUCGGCAAGACCCUCGUCUCCGCGGGCCUCGCCGCCGCGCUCCUCUGCUCCCCGUCCCCUUCCGUCUCGUCCGUGUCCUACCUCAAGCCGCUUCAGACUGGCUACCCCGUUGACUCCGACGCGCGAUUCGUCUUCAGCAGGGCCCCCGCGCUGCUCCGCGCCUCCGCUUCCCCCCGAGCCACCCGCCUCGUCGCCUCAUGCCGCACCCUCUUCCCGUCACCCGCCGUGGAGACCAAGGCGGCGGAGCCCCUCCACGAGAGCCAGGAGAAGGUGGUGGUAACCUACGGAGCGGGUGCCGCGGAGCAGACGAAGGUGCUCGCUUGCUGCACGGCGUACGCGUGGCGGGAGCCGGUGUCGCCGCACCUGGCAGCAGAGAGGGAAGGAAUGGCGGUGGGGGAUGAUCAGGUCAAGGAGUGCGUCGCACAGUGGCUGCUGGAGGAAAACGUGGGGGAGGGUGGAGCGGUGUGGAAGGUGCUGGAAACUGCUGGUGGCGUUGCUAGCCCCGGUGCUUCCGGUACUCUGCAGUGCGAUCUCUACCGGCCUUUUAGGUUACCUGCUAUUCUUGUUGGAGAUGGCCGCCUUGGUGGUAUUUCAUCCACUUUGUCUGCGUAUGAAACUUUGUUGCUUAGAGGGUAUGAUGUGAGCGCAGUUAUUUUGGAAGAUCGUGAGUUAUCAAAUGACAAAUUCUUGCUUUCUUACUUGAGAAACAGGGUACAUGUGCUUACCUUGCCACAAGUUCCUGAAGAUCCUUCAGAUGACCUGACUGAUUGGUUUUCUGAGUCAUCCUCAGCUUUUAAUUCUCUUAAAGAUGCCCUGCAAUCAUUUCAUUCCAGAAGAAUAGAGAGGUUAAACAGCAUGCAAAGAAAAUCGAAGGAUUUAUUGUGGUGGCCUUUUACUCAGCACAAUCUUGUUCCUCAAGAUUCUGUUACAGUAAUUGAUUCGCGUUGUGGUGAAAAUUUUUCUGUGUACAAGAUUAAAGACAAAAUGCUCGUCCCUCAAUUUGAUGCAUGCGCAAGUUGGUGGACUCAAGGGCCUGAUUCUAACUUGCAGAUUGAACUUGCAAGAGAUAUGGGUUAUGCUGCUGCAAGAUAUGGUCAUGUGAUGUUUCCAGAGAAUGUUCAUGAGCCUGCUCUUCGUUCUGCAGAAGUUUUACUUGGAGGAGUUGGUAAAGGUUGGGCUUCUCGAGUCUAUUAUUCAGACAAUGGAUCCACUGCGAUUGAAAUUGCUCUGAAGAUGGCAUUUCGUAAAUUUUGUCUUGAUCAUGGAAUUAUGUCUGGCAGUGAAAAUAGUACUAGAAAUGAAAGAAACAUUCAGUUGAAGGUACUUGCUCUAAAUGGUUCCUAUCAUGGUGAUACUCUGGGUGCUAUGGAAGCUCAAGCUCCAUCAGCUUAUACAUCUUUUCUUCAGCAACCAUGGUAUUCAGGUCGGGGACUUUUUCUAGAUCCUCCAACUGUGUAUACUAAAAGUGAGGUCUACAAUAUUUCUUUGCCCCAAUCAAUGCAGCAUGAUCCUCAGACAUAUGGUGAUACAUGCUUUUCUUCACAAGCUGAAGUCUUUUGCAAGACCAGGGACAAAACGUUUGCUGCUGAUUUGUAUUCGUCCUAUAUAAAACAGAAACUAUCAGAAUUUUCUCUAUCAAGUAGCUCUGAACAUCUUGCAGCACUAAUUAUAGAACCAGUAAUACAAGGUGCAGGUGGAAUGCUCAUGAUAGAUCCUCUUUUCCAGCGAGUACUUGUCAGUGAGUGUAGAAGUCGAAAAAUACCUGUCAUAUUUGAUGAGGUAUUUACAGGAUUCUGGCGUCUUGGUGUGGAGUCUGCUUCAGAGUUACUUGGUUGUCUACCUGAUAUCGCCUGCUAUGCGAAAUUGAUGACUGGGGGAAUUGUACCAUUAGCUGCAACCUUAGCAACGGAGGAAGUUUUUGAAUCCUUCGAAGGUGACUCUAAGCUCACGGCACUUUUACAUGGCCAUUCCUACACUGCUCAUGCCAUGGGCUGUACUGCAGCACUAAAAGCUAUGCAGUGGUACCGGGAUCCAUCCACUAAUUUGAACCUUGAUGCUGACCACAUGAAGCUCAAGGAGUUGUGGGAUGGCACGCUUGUUAAGCAGUUAUCGUCACUACCGAAUGUGAAAAGAGUGGUCUCAUUAGGAACUAUCUGUGCAAUUGAGCUCAAGGCUGAGGGAUCUGAUGCUGGGUACGCUUCACUCUACGCAAGUUCCUUGGUGCAACAGCUCCGCAAAGAGGAUGAUAUUUAUAUUAGGCCCCUGGGUAACGUGAUAUACCUCAUGUGUGGUCCAUGCACGCCCGAAGAUAGCUGCACUCGACAACUCCUCAAAGUACACCGCAGGCUUUGUGAGCUCAAUUGACUCGAUCGGCUGGGAGUGAUUGAGAGCAAACUUUCGGAGUUUUAUCUUGUGAUGACAACCUAAGUUUCAGGCCAUCAGUUAACCAUCAGGUGAUGUUUGGUUCCACAAAUGGCAAAGUAAAGGGAAUAAAUACCAGCGGCAGGUGUAGUGCCAAAAGGUUUUCGACGUUUUUUUUCAACACAAAAAGUUAGUUAUGUUGUACAUUUUAAAAAAUCAAAUAAAUUAUUAUUUAAAUAAAUAUUUUUUAAUAAGAAGUAUAUAUUUACACCCA